AUGUCUAUAAAAGUAUACCCGAUGAUGAUUGAUGUCGACGAUAUUGUGGAUAACGUUCUUUCUCUAAAACGGAAAUACAUUGAAGCAAUCGGAGGAUAUCGUGGUGUUCUUGAACAGACUGAAAGCAUGUUCAUUAUUGCUACAAAGGAAUUGCGCGACAUACUUGUAUUAUUCUACAAACGAAAGGACGUGAAUCCGUUUGAUAUAAUCCAAUUUUCAUAUUAUUCUUGCAAAGUGUUAGAAAUGUGUAUCAAAUGUACCGAAAAGAAAGAAAUCUUUGAUAUCGUUGAUUUCAUGCUCAUCAUAACAAAGAUGAUUGAAAACUACGUUUCAUUAAAACGGAAAUUGAUUAAAAAACAGGUUUCAGACCACUUGUUACAAGAUGAUGAUUCAACAAUAGAAGAGGGAUUUUAUUUCAAUUGA